AUGACUCCAUUUACUGCACCAAAGUCAAGUAAUGGAGAUGAUAAUGAAAUAAAAGAAAAAAUCUCCAAAAUUAUGUCUAUUAAACUUGAUAAAGACCAGGGUGUUAUAAAUGAAAUAGAAUUUUUAAAUAACCUCGUUACAACAUUAAAUAUUCAUACAGAAAGAAAUUUAAUUCAAAGUACAGAAGAAGGAAUGUUAGAAGCUCAAAAAGAAUAUUUAAAAAAUUUUACUAAAUUAUCAGAAGAGGUUUCUGUAUUCAAAGAACGUGUAGAAAAAAUGAAUGAAGUAUGUAAUAAUUUAAGAAAUCAAAUAAAAACCAACAAAGAAAAAACCAGAGAUUUGUUAGAAAAAACUUCUGUAAUACAAAAAGAAAAGAAAACUUUGGAAGAUAAAAAAAAUUAUGUUAAUACAUUUUUGGAUACUUAUAGUUUAACAGAUGAAGAAGAAGAUAUUUUAAAGGAAUGUUUUGAGACAGGAAAUAUAAAUGACAAAUUUUUUAAAGUAUUUAAUAGAUUGAAAAAUAUCAAUUUAACUAUUCCAGAAAAAUUGGAAGAAGAUGAUAAGAUUGUCGCGUUAUAUGAUAUGAAAGACGAAGGUGAAUAUAAAUUGAAACAAUGUUAUGGAUUAAUUGUUAGAUAUAUUCAAUCAGAAGUUAGAUCACUUAAUCAUGAAUUUAUGGAACCUAAACCAUUGUUAUUUGAUGCUUUUAAAGCAAUAGAAAAGAUUUCUGAAUUGAUGGAGAUUUCAAUAACAGAAUAUUGUAGUGUCAGGAGAACUUACAUUGUCAGAGCCUUUCUAGAUGCAUUAAUGAAAGGUGGUAAUGGUGAAAAUGGAAUUGAAUAUAAUUCAAAUGAUCCUUUAGUUUAUAUUUAUGAUAUGUUAAAUUGGAUUAAUUCAGCAAUCACCAUCGAAUAUGAGAUGUUAAAAAAUUUAUUAAAAAAUUGUGAACAUAAAAUUAGGGAGAAAUACUUUCAAGAUGCUCUUGGAGAAAUAAGUGAAGCAUUGUGUCAGGCAACUAAAGUUAGGGUUGAAAAUAGUUUAGGUAAAGAAAGUAAUUGUGUUGUUAUUUAUCAAAUAAGUACAAGUUUUGCUUGGUGUGUUGAUUCAUUAAAAAUUUUACUAUCAGAAGAUUCUCUUUUUAUUGCAACGUUAAAUGAUUUAAGAGAUUUAGCACUUAAUUUAUUCUUUAGUUUAUUAAAUACAAAUGUUCAGAAAUUAUUAAAUAGAAACACUCUUCCAGAUUAUGAUUUAAAACCUAUAUCAAAUAUUUAUCAAUGUUUAGGUUUACUUAGAAGUAUUCUUGAUUGUACUGCUUCAACAUCUAAUAAUCAAAUUAAUUUAGCUGCCCGUAAAGAUGUUCAAACAAAAAUAUUGACAUGUAUUCUUGAUCCAUUGAAUCAAGCUAUUCAAUUAGCUUGUUCAAAAUUACAUGAUCCUUUGGAUAGUGCUGUAUAUAUGAUAAAUUGUUUGAGUGAAAUUCGUGAUAUCAUUAUUAUUUAUCAAUUUACUGAAACAAGACUUGAAAUGAUAAAAUGUCAGAUAGAGGCUAAUGAAGACACAAUAGUUGGUGAUCAGGCAAGUAGAAUUUUAACCAAUUGCCAGUUAAUGGAUCUAUAUUUACGUUGUAAAGGCCACCAACCAUCUCAAGGACCUCUUUCUAAAAUAACUGAAACAAAUCCUCAAAAAAUAAAAGAAAUUAUAAAAAAAUUUUAUAAUGACAUAAAAACAAUUGACGGUAUAGAAUGUGAUCAAAUACCAAAAAUAUUAUCUGUUAGAAUUAUUGACUCCAUUAGAAAAAGAACACUAGAACAUGUUGUUAUGGCAUAUUCUAUUAUUUAUGAGAAAGUUGUUGAUUCAAUUAAUGGGUACCCUGUAGAGACAAUGGAGUUAAAAACUGUAGAUGAUAUAAAAAAUGAGGUAAUAGUUAUGAUUAAGAAAUUACUAGAAACAUGUACUUUUCAAGGAAACGUUUUCAGACAAAUGUUAAAACUGAUAAAUACUGAGUAUGGUACAUCUUUUAAUAUUAUACUAACAAGAUUCGAAGUUUGA